GUCGUCAUCAAAUCGGUCCGAACACCAACCCAACGGUCGUCAUCAAAUCGGUCCGAACACCAAUCCAACGGUCGUCAUCGAAUAGUUCGUGAGUCCGUCAAGCAGCCCGUGGAGGAGACUUAAAGUCUUGUUGGAACAAAGAGUCACCAUGGUUUACUUCAAGUAUCACAAUACUCCUGGAGAAGAGACUUUGUCACUCAUGGAAGAUGCUAAUUCGGUCGAUGGAGCGCACUUUCGUUCAUUUCCUCCUGUGAUUGGUCCUUUUGCAAACAUCCAUUCUUCUACGGAGUUCUCGGGCCCGAAAAGCUGGUACAAGGAGAGUCGUGAUGUUAAUGCAUUUGGUGGAAAAACACCUAAUCCUGUCCUUGUCGCUUCACAUCACCGUCCCUGCGAUGAUGCGUGUUCUUUCCAGACAUUAUCUACGCGUUUGUCCCGCAAGGAGACCAAAUGGAGUUCUAGUCCGAAAUUUGGAGUCGAGCCAACAUACAUCCCUCUUUACUGGGAAUGGUUAGAAGAUGUCCUGCACCAUUCCAGACGCACACUCGCUAGCACCCAUAUUCUUGAUGCCGUCUAUGCUUCUAUGUACAUCUACAAAUGUAAUUCUCCUGUCAUGCAGGCUUUUUGUGAAUCCUGGUGUCCUACGACAAAUACCUUGCACACUUCAGUUGGAGAAAUGUCAAUCAGUCUUUGGGAUAUAUACGACCUUGGUGGGCUUCCCGUAACUGGCCUUUUUUAUGACGAGGUCGUCCCUUCUGCCGUUGAAUUGGAAGGCUCCGACGAUGAGCACAGUCUAUACCUCCCUUACAGUUGCAAAUAUUUGUUCAUGGCUUUGCAUUAUCUUUCUGAGAAACACAAGGUGACAACAAUAACGUUCGAGACUUGGUGUGAUUUUUGGUUUCGCGGUGCAUCAAAGUAUUUCUUGGCAUCUGGCAACAAAAAGUCUGUCCUUCCAACACUUAUGAAAGACUUCAGCUCCUUUAAUGGUCCUCGAUCGUGGAGUCAUAAGAUGUACGAAGCCUUUCGCAUCCUACGGAUUCCUGAAGCGCAUCAUCGACAAACAUAUUUGGCUGCCUUUCUCUCAUGUUGGCUUUGUGCCUUUGUUUUGCCGGUGUCAGAUUUGGGUUGCAUCCGUCCUGGAUCUUUCAAACCUGCGUCAUUUCUUGCAAGUGGAAAAGAGACUUCUUUGGCGAUCCCUGUUUUGGCGAGCAUCUACCACGGAUUGAGCAAAAUUUCGAAUUCUCCUACCCCCGGCAAACAUCGCGAGUCCUUCCCUGCACAAUAUGUGUAUGCCUGGACCGCUAAGUAUUUUCGAAGUCAUCACGUCGUCACCUACGAUUUUGUUGGUGCUCCCCUGGUUGGAAUUCAAGGCCUUGACUCUGUCAUAAAGUCUCCAGAUGCUAAAUCGCUAGUUUCUUCGGGUAAGGAUUUCAAUUGGCUUGCUAACUCAAUUUGUGGUAAUUCAGAUGAGAAGCGUGAAGAUGACAACCAUCAACCAAAGCAAUUCGCAAACUUCUUCAUUAGCAUGCGGUCCUGUUUUCUGACCUUGAGGUUCGACAACAACUACGUGGUUGAGCCAUACAGUCCUCAUCGAUUCGGUCGGCAAUUCGGAAAUGACGUCAGCAAACGACGUCAGCAAACGACGUCAGAAAAAAAAAAAAAAAAAAAAAAAAAAAAAAAAAAAAAAAAAAAAAUCAAGAAAUUAUUUUUGCUUUUAAGGAACUACGUUGGCUUGAUCUUAUGGAGUGAAUUUAUUCAUUUCAUAAGUACGUAGGCAGCUUGAAGGAAUCACUAACUUUAAGUCCAGCCACACCAAAAAUCUCUCCCAUUUUUGUACUACUCCUGGCCCGCAAGAGUAUAAACUGUGAACGGCUAAAUAAAUAAAUGAAAAUUUCAUGUUGGUUUCCUAUGAGUUGAAUGAAUAUGGAAUCAAUGACAAAAAUCUUUGACAGGAAGAAUGACGAGUCUUAUUCAUUUCAUUUUUGGAAUUCUUAAAACAAAUUGGUCUCUAAAAAAAAAAAAAAAAAAAAAAAAAAGAAUUAAAAGAAAACAAGUGCAACGAUGGUAACAAGAAAGGCGGAACUACGGUUCAAAUUUGAAGGCUUGCAAAGCAUCACGAGCAACACCAAAUUGUUUCUCAGCUUCCGCUAGCUUUGCCUCCACCUCUUUCGCAGCAACAAUAUUCUCCUUCAUGAUGAGGAGUGAGUUUUCUUGCUCUUUCUUCUGUAUGACGUACCCUUGGAACUUCUCUUCUGAUUCUGAAAUAAGAGGCAAAAGUCUAUCCGCUCGUUCUGCUAAAUCAUUGAGCUUCCUUUUAUGUUCGGCUUGUUCUUGCUGAAUCUGAUCUAUCUCCUUAUGAAGAGCUUGCAUUCGCUCCUCUUCUGCUUUCCCUGCAAUUGUAGUUGUCUGCACGCUCGUCUCUAUCUCCAAAGAUCGUUGCUCCAAGUCAUUGAGAGUGGGAUCUCCCUGUUUCCCUAGCCGAACGUGGUGGAGUUGAGAACCGCACCCAAUAUACCCCUUGAUAAAAGAUUCGAUUGCAGAGAUGUCGAUCUUCUUAUCACGAACAUAGGAGAAAACCUGUUCAAACUCCUGCGCUAGUUCAUGAACCUUGGCUAAAGGAGUCUUCAUCAACUUGUCCUUUAUUUCAUUAAUCAUCAAGCUUGCAGCAUAUCGGUCCGCCCUGUUGGUCGCCUUAGUGAUCAUGUCUUGAGCAUUAAAAGAAGGAGACUCGGUCGAAGCAGUAGAAACACUUGUGGUUGGCGCAGUAUCAAUGACAACAUCAUCAAUGAACUGUUGUUCAGGAAGGGAGACAAAUGUAUUCUCGCAAGCAGUAAGCUCUACUGCUAUGUUCGCAUCGCUUUGAAGAUUCUGAAAAGUGAAAAAUAAAGGGUAUUAAAAUAGUAAUUAAAAAGAAAACGAGAAUGUCAAAGUAAAGAAAUGAACCUCUAUCUCUUCCGGCGAUAGCUCAGGGCCAUAAUCUUCAGCGAAAAUAUCAUCCAGAAUUGUAGGUUCACCUGCGUGUUCGUCAUCGGAAGGUUCAUUUUCGUCAUUGGAAGGUUCAUUACUUACAACUCUGCUUGCUAGUCUUCUACUCUCGUCCCUGCAUUUCGAAGAUGUUUCCUUGGGCGGACAGGAUAUCGUGGAACUUUUAGGCAAUCUGACUCUAACUUUGCGAGGUGCAGCCGAAGUCUUGGCAGCUUUGUCUUUUGGUGAAGUGUUAAGAUCAUCGCCCUUUCUCUCCUUUCUCUUCUUAGACCUGACAUUUGUUGGACUAGGAGUUCUUGAAGCAUAAGCCGCAUUUAAAGAAACGACCGAAUUCCACCAUGUUGUGAAGCUUGGAGUGACUCGAGAUUGGGCAUUAAACGUGCGGCAAGGGACCAAAAAAGUAGCCCUAGUAUGCAGACGAAUGCUGGACUGAAAAAGAUAGUACAUAUGCUCUCGGGUGAUGUUUUGUGUCUGGACUACUAAUUCGCCUGGCACAUCUUGGUGAAAUCCGAAUUGCCGACCGAAUCGAUGAGGACUGUAUGGCUCAACCACGUAGUUGUUGUCGAACCUCAAGGUCAGAAAACAGGACCGCAUGCUAAUGAAGAAGUUUGCGAAUUGCUUUGGUUGAUGGUUGUCAUCUUCACGCUUCUCAUCUGAAUUACCACAAAUUGAGUUAGCAAGCCAAUUGAAAUCCUUACCCGAAGAAACUAGCGAUUUAGCAUCUGGAGACUUUAUGACAGAGUCAAGGCCUUGAAUUCCAACCAGGGGAGCACCAACAAAAUCGUAGGUGACGACGUGAUGACUUCGAAAAUACUUAGCGGUCCAGGCAUACACAUAUUGUGCAGGGAAGGACUCGCGAUGUUUGCCGGGGGUAGGAGAAUUCGAAAUUUUGCUCAAUCCGUGGUAGAUGCUCGCCAAAACAGGGAUCGCCAAAGAAGUCUCUUUUCCACUUGCAAGAAAUGACGCAGGUUUGAAAGAUCCAGGACGGAUGCAACCCAAAUCUGACACCGGCAAAACAAAGGCACAAAGCCAACAUGAGAGAAAGGCAGCCAAAUAUGUUUGUCGAUGAUGCGCUUCAGGAAUCCGUAGGAUGCGAAAGGCUUCGUACAUCUUAUGACUCCACGAUCGAGGACCAUUAAAGGAGCUGAAGUCUUUCAUAAGUGUUGGAAGGACAGACUUUUUGUUGCCAGAUGCCAAGAAAUACUUUGAUGCACCGCGAAACCAAAAAUCACACCAAGUCUCGAACGUUAUUGUUGUCACCUUGUGUUUCUCAGAAAGAUAAUGCAAAGCCAUGAACAAAUAUUUGCAACUGUAAGGGAGGUAUAGACUGUGCUCAUCGUCGGAGCCUUCCAAUUCAACGGCAGAAGGGACGACCUCGUCAUAAAAAAGGCCAGUUACGGGAAGCCCACCAAGGUCGUAUAUAUCCCAAAGACUGAUUGACAUUUCUCCAACUGAAGUGUGCAAGGUAUUUGUCGUAGGACACCAGGAUUCACAAAAAGCCUGCAUGACAGGAGAAUUACAUUUGUAGAUGUACAUAGAAGCAUAGACGGCAUCAAGAAUAUGGGUGCUAGCGAGUGUGCGUCUGGAAUGGUGCAGGACAUCUUCUAACCAUUCCCAGUAAAGAGGGAUGUAUGUUGGCUCGACUCCAAAUUUCGGACUAGAACUCCAUUUGGUCUCCUUGCGGGACAAACGCGUAGAUAAUGUCUGGAAAGAACACGCAUCAUCGCAGGGACGGUGAUGUGAAGCGACAAGGACAGGAUUAGGUGUUUUUCCACCAAAUGCAUUAACAUCACGACUCUCCUUGUACCAGCUUUUCGGGCCCGAGAACUCCGUAGAAGAAUGGAUGUUUGCAAAAGGACCAAUCACAGGAGGAAAUGAACGAAAGUGCGCUCCAUCGACCGAAUUAGCAUCUUCCAUGAGUGACAAAGUCUCUUCUCCAGGAGUAUUGUGAUACUUGAAGUAAACCAUGGUGACUCUUUGUUCCUACAAAGUCAACGCAAAAAAAAAAAGUGCAAGUCAAUGCAUGUUUAACGAUGCAGUUAAUUAACAAAGUAAUAUUUAACGGAGGAAGCAAUUGUAUUAUGUUCGACCGCACAAAAAAGGGGGAGCAAGUUCAAGUUUGGGGUUGCUGUUAUCGAUCAUCAUUCAUCAAAAAGACAAAAAAAAAAGAGAAAGGCAGUACAGAUUAUUAUCAAUGAUAUGUCAACUUUACGAAUUUUUGCUACUGUAAAGCUACUGUUAUUAUAUGGACAUACAGAGGAGCAUAUUCCAUAACAUUGGGACAUUGUUACCGAUCUCCAAACAAAGGGGUAUAUUAUGCAAAGUUACGUGAAUUGGCAGGAAGAAAAUAAAUCUGUAGGGCCCAUCAACAUCAUUCAUCAUUAAUCAUCAUCAUUAUUUUUAUAUGAUUUAUACUGUUAUUAUUUAUUUAUUUAUUUUUUUAAAAAAAAAAAAAAGAAAGAAAAAAAAAGAAAAGAAGAUGAGCAGUCACGUGAGCCUAAGAGGGAAAAAGACAAAAAAAAAACUUAUGCUCAUCUAGUCAUCUAUCAUCAAAAAAGUUGAAAAAAAAAAAAAAGAAAAAAAAAAAAAAAGAAGAAGAAAAAAGAGAGGGUGCAUUCACGUGGGUAAACAAGAAAAGGGGAGAAAAAGACAAAAGAACUUUUGGAGGGAUUGUCAUUGUCUUCAUCCAUCACACAUCAUUAAGAUCAUUAUCAUUAUUUUUACAGCAAAAACAAACAAACAGGGGGACGAGACCAAAGAAACGAAAAAAAAAAAAAAAACAAAAAAAGAAACAAAUUUGAAGUUUUGGUCUAUACUUUGUUUCAUACUCCAUAUAUUUAUCAUCAUUCACAGCAAUACAAAUUCAAUGAUACAAAAAAAGAGCAGGCACGCAUAUUCAACCAUGAAAAUCAAACAGUUCAAGCUUCAGAGGUUCAAGAUUGCUGAAAGACAGAUAAACAGAGUUCAAAGGUUCAAAAUAUACAUACCAACAAGACUUUAAGUCUCCUCCACGGGCUGCUUGACGGACUCACGAACUAUUCGAUGACGACCGUUGGAUUGGUGUUCGGACCGAUUUGAUGACGACCGUUGGGUUGGUGUUCGGACCGAUUUGAUGACGACCGUUGGUUUGGUGAUGAUGUCCACUGGUUCGUUCCUCUUCCACGGGCUGCUUGACGGACUCACGAACUAUUCGAUGACGACCGUUGGAUUGGUGUUCGGACCGAUUUGAUGACGACCGUUGGGUUGGUGUUCGGACCGAUUUGAUGACGACCGUUGGUUUGGUGAUGAUGUCCACUGGUUCGUUCCUCUUUCACGGGCUAUUCGAUGAUGACGAUUCGGUGUUGAUCUCCUCUGAGUUGUUCUUCCUUCGGGUCGGGGCUGUGGCAGCGUCAAGGCUUCUGGUCAAAUUUCGGAGUCUCCGAUCAAAGGUCGUCGAGUUGUUGUUGAUGGUGAGGUGAAUUGAUGGCAUAAGAGGUGUAUUUAUAGUCUUGUAGCUCAUAAUCCUACUACUAGUCAAAUUGGAGGAAGAUAAAUUUCGAUAAAAUUCUAUCCAAUUCUUUUAAUCAGUUA